AGCGAGCCUGUACUGUCACAACGAGGCUUGCGUUAGAUUUGGAAACUAACUAAAGAUGUGUCAAGUUUUUAGCCUUACAGGAUUAAAUCUCGUAUGAUAUCUUCACCACUAUGUUUGCCAGACCGACCAAAAAAGUGACUUGUGGAAAACAGAGCCACUCCAAAACAAGUAAGAAGACAAAACCUACAACUUCUAUAAGUUCUAUGGAGAAAAGGAGGAAGGUUCAGCCAGAAAAGAAAAACAUGGGGAAUGAAGAUGCUUAUUCACUCUACUCCACAGAGUCAGAGGACCAAGUCACUCUAGCUAAUAAAGAUCUUCAAAGGUGUGCAAAACUACUAUCAGUUAUGCUGGAGAAAGAUUCAGGCCCUUCUGAAAGAAACAGGAUUAAACAAUCUCAUGUAGGCAAAAAGGUAGCCAUGUCACAAACAAAACCUGAAAUAGGACGUCAAACAUUUGCGAAGCAAACAAAUGUUAAUCCAGGACAAAGUGCGAAAACUGUCAAUGGACUGGACACCAAAUCAGCAGCUGUUGGUAAACCUCCUUUCAACCAAAGACUGGUGUCUUCCACACCUGACCCUAUAGAUUUUGACGAAGAACCACAGAGACAACCCAGAAUACAGGUACAUGUGCCAUCAGGAGAACAGUACAUUACACAUGAAAAUGGUCUACUACAACAGCAGCAGCAAGUCCAGACAGGCAACCCAAGUGAGCAGUAUGGACCUAGGAGUAAGAGUGAAAAGAUCAUGGAAAAACCACCACAUGUAACCAAUGGAAGUUACACGGAGAGAAUGACACAUGAAGAUGGUAAUAGAUACAUGGAGAGGAUACCACAAAGAGACAGAGAAAAUGUGCAGUACAGAGAUUCUACAGAUGGCAUGGAGAGCAGACCAAACUACUUACACCAAAGGCUUCAGGAGAUACCAGAAAGGCUAACAGACAAUUUACAUAAUCAUGCCAGAGGCAGUGUUUUGCCUCAGAUACCCCAACCUGGGAGUACACAUGAUGUCUCAAUACCAGCUCAAGGGGCUAGUAUCACUGGGGAAAACAAAGAAAAUGACCAUGGGUCAGUUGCACAUGUUAGCGGUCUGCAUGCUAGAAGCCCUCAAGAAAGUAAGGAUUGGAAGACAUUAAAGUAUCUGUUAAAAGAGUCUAAGGCAGUUGCAGAUAUGUCUGGUGACACUGAAGCAAGACGGCUACUUGAGGAAAUUGCAAAAAUGGUAAGGAAGUUGUCAGUGGAUUCUGCCCAUCCAUCCCAAGUUAGUGUAGAUCUUGCCAUGCAGCCACUAAGGAGUGAAAACUGCCAGUUGAGAAGACAGUUGAGGAUUGUGAAUCAACAGCUGAGAGAACUGCAGAGGACCAAGCAUGGAGUACCAGAGAAGGAGAUUGUCGACUAUGAGGUGGUUCAUCUACAAGCAGUAAAGUUUUCACUGGAAAAACAGUUAAAGGAAUCAAAAGCUGCAGUGAUCAGACUUCAGACAGAGGUGUCUGAGCUAAAGGAUGAGCUGGAGAAAUGCAGGAGAGAAAAGAUGGAGAUGAUUGAUGUUUUGGGAGACAAGGCCACAGAUGGGAUAGAUAGUCACAAGGAUGAGCUCCAAGCCUCCAACAGACUGAGAGCUGAAAUAGCCCAACUGAAAACUGAACACAAGACACUGCUGGGAGAUGUGGCAGCCAAGGAGAGUGAGAACCACAUUCUGGGAAUUACAUUGCAGGAAAGAGACCAAGAGAUUGAUAAACUACAGGAUUUAGUGAGAGGAUUGCAGCAGAGCAUGGGGACACUAUUGCAGGAUUUGCAGACUUCAGGUUUCAGGCAUGCUCCAUCGCAUAAUAGACCAGAGAGAGACUUAACCUCUAGGCAAACAGAGAGAACACUGCAGAGAAGUCAAAAUGCUAGUGCUGACAGUUUACAUCAAUACAAUGACUUCUAUCAGGCACAGAAAUCAAUUAAAAAGGGGGAUUCUGUUUUUGGGCAGAAAGUUCCAGACAAAGAUGAGAAUUUAAUCACAAAUGAUCAUGACCAGACAUUAAUAUCAGAGGAUGAAGCCAUGAACUUAUCAGCAGAUAGUGGUGUAAAAAGCACAAGGCACAGUCAAGAAAUUAUCGAGAAUGAAGAAGGAUCGCCAUACCGACAAGUCUCUCCUCCCGUGAUUACCAGUGAAAUCUUAGCCAGGCACGAGAAGGAGAGAUCCAGAUACAGCGUGACUGAUUAUUUCAAUAAAUACCCAAACCAUAAUUUACAGUUAGUACUUGGAGAUAGGCCAAUGGGAGGGCAGACAGUGAAAUUAGAGAUGAACUCUGUGACCCCAGGACUGUCUGGAACACAGGCACAGUUUAAUGUGCCUCAGCAGCAGUCUGUAUAUAAAGGCACAGCACUGGACACGUCCCUGAGCACCAUCUCAGACUUGCAGUCUGUCACGUCAAGUGCUGCCACCUGGACAUCUGCUGAUGACGAGGCAUUUAGGAUGGGCUUGUCCAAUCUGGAUGACAAUAUCACCAAACUACAGCAUACGCUUAAACAUCUGCAUAGAUGAAUUAUUUAGGUUGAAUACACUCAACUCAAAAUGGAUGUUACAAGUUAUGAUUAGAUGAGUUGGAAAAUUAAACGAUUGUACAUUUUGUAGCUCACUUUUUGUAAAAAAUUUGGAUACUCUGAAAUGGGAAAUGAAUUUUAAAUAUAAA